AUGCCCACACUGUGGGGCAGAAGAGACGGUGGACCACUGUCUGAUGACGUGUCCGGAGGUGGGAAGGGUUGUCGUGUACUUCCAACCCAAAAAAAAAAAAAACUCACCACCUCUCACUCACUCACCUCUCACUCACUCACCUCUCACUCACUCACCUCUCACUCACCACCUCUCACUCACCACCUCUCACUCACUCACCUCUCACUCACUCACCUCUCACUCACUCACCUCUCACUCACUCACCUCUCACUCACUCACCUCUCACUCACCACCUCUCACUCACCACCUCUCACUCACUCACCUCUCACUCACCACCUCUCACUCACUCACCUCUCACUCACCACCUCUCACUCACCACCUCCCACUCACCACCUCUCACUCACUCACCUCUCACUCACUCACCUCUCACUCACUCACCUCUCAAUCACCACCUCUCACUCACCACCUCUCACUCACUCACCUCUCACUCACUCACCUCUCACUCACUCACCUCUCACUCACUCACCUCUCACUCACCACUUCUCACUCACCACCUCUCAUUCACUCACCUCUCACUCACUCACUCACCUCUCACUCACUCACCUCUCACUCACCACCUCUCACUCACCACCUCUCUCUCACUCACCUCUCACUCACUCACCUCUCACUCACUCACCUCUCAAUCACUCACCUCCCACUCACUCACCUCUCACUCACUCACCUCCCACUCACUCACCUCCCACUCACUCACCUCCCACUCACCACCUCCCACUCACCACCUCCCACUCACCAGUGUGUCUCGCCAGGAGGGGAAGGCAGGCAGGCCCGCAUUGGGGAGGAACAGCAGCGUGGGGCAGUGGCAGGACGGGUGCUGCUGAUGGGAUGACUGGGGGAGAUGCGAAGGCUGCUGGGGCUGGUCGCUGUGAUGGAAGGGAGAUGCGUGCUGAGGGCGGUGCAGUGAGGUGCAGUGAGGUGCAGGGGCACACUGCAUUAGUGGUGGGAGGGUUGGCGAGCACAGCAGUGGGGGGAGUGGUGGGUGGCGAGCAGGCAAGGGAGGGCAGCACGUGGUGGUAG